AUGUCAGAAUCAACCAACGUAUCUAAGCGGCAUAAUUUUGGAGCGUAUGCUUUAAAAGACGACAAGACCUUUGAGCCUAUACGCAACUAUUUCGUACAAGAUGUACCAAAACAGAUUGGGGAGUACUCUGGGAUUUCCGCAUCCGUCAUUGAUAUUACGGAGUACAAUCGUCUAGCCCGCAUGCGCGGUUUCAUGAGAAUAAAGAGUGACUACGACAUGGCAUACCUCGUGUACACUCAUCGAGGUAUAUACAAAUCGUUGAAGUUUCAUCCUAAACGCCACUUGGCGCGUUGGGACACUGUGAGAAGUGCAAUUGACCAGGUGUUUGGUCAAGGGGUAUUAAGCAUACCUCUAGGUGAAGAUUUGGAAGAUUCAUCUGCUUUGUCAUUGAAAUUUGAUCACUGUUGGAUUCCUUUGCAUGACCUUACCACUAACGCGUACGACGAGAUCCACAAACUUGAGCUAUACAUGGAUCUCCGUCGAGGUUCUUUGCACAAAGUGGACCAAUAUGAUGUGUUAUCACUGGCAAACGCUACACCUGACUUUGCCGUAUUGGGUUUUGAAGCCCAUGAUCCCAAUGAGAAGAGCGUAAGCGUACUGGUCCACCGGACCCGUGGGUCGUGGGUACAGAUCGCUUCACUGGUCUUGGUUAAACUUUUGGGCCCCCGUGAUAAACCCUUGAUGUACACCCUUUCGAAAGAUCUAUCGGUAUACAAGUUAUGUUAUGAUGACCUAGGUAGGAAGUUGGAUCGUCUGGGUUUUUUAGACCAGGACUGGCGUGAUUGCUGCGUGUCUCCGGAUAUCCUGGAGAGCCAAGUUCGACUUACUUUUGAAGAUUAUAUGUGGGAAUUCUUCAAUAUGUACAUCGAUGGGCUUCAUCCAUAUCAACAAUCCGUUGUGAUGUUGCUCUCCGGGGCGGUUCGUCAAGCCCUUUACGGCACCCACAUCAAUAUCAAUUCCAACAGUCCCGCCCAGAGUGACCUGGUUUCAUACGUUGGUAAUGGUAUUAUCGGCCCUUAUUUACUUUUAGUGAAACGCAUGCUUGUUGAUAGGACACUCCAGAACAGUUUCAUUUCAGAAGCAUUUGGUGGCUUGGCCGUGACACGUGUUGACUUCAUCUUGGGUACAUGGCUCGCUUACGUGAAUGCUGUGAAUCUUUUGAUCCGUGAGUUGACAUCUGUAAAUCUUGAAGAUUAUGUCCAGUCGGUGUCACCUGAACCUAUGAUAAGUCACGGCCAGAAAAAAGUUAUCAUUGCCUUUUCCUUGGUUACAGCCUUGUUUUUCUUCUGCGCAUUGUUCAUGAUAAUUGGACGUUACCGUAGACGUCGCAAAGCAUUUUACGCCCAGAGACAGCAGGCAUUAAUGUUUUAUACGUUGUCUUCCGGUGCCUACGAUGAGACGGAUGUGGAUUCUAGCAGCAGUGGUGGCACUGCUGGGUCCCUAAAAUCUGGGAGGUGA